CGACAGACUUACCGUGGUCGGGUGAUUAUAUUGACGUUAUCAUAGACUACUAUAAUUGUUUUACUAUUCAAAUGAGUAUUUUAAAUUUCAAACGCACGCACAGUGCACGCAACUAUAACAAUUGAAUAAGAUUUCGUUUUUAGAUGUUUACGAUAGAUUUAUUACUAUUCGUUAUAUUUACGAUAAGUUCGAUCUGUCCUAUAAUAUAAUCGACGAGUAAAUGAUUUAGAAACGAAUAUACCCGGUGUCGGGUAUUAACUGGUUUAUAUUUUACGUUUUCGCGAAUUUGCGGGUACCGUUUUGAACCUUUGCGAGUCAUCGACAGACACGAACAUUAAAAUUUUAUAUACUUUUAGUAAUACUUAGUCAUAAACAUUUUUCGUAAAAUUUAAAAAAAAAUGACUGCCAUUACGAAUUCCGUAAGACUACACCAAGAGCUGGGCCUGUGGAGCGCGGUGUGUCUCAUUAUCAACGUGAUGAUCGGUGAGCCUGGCGUAAUGUUGACCGCAUUCUUGAUGUGAUCCCGUUUGGAUUUUUCCAGGAUCUGGAAUUUUUAUAUCGGCCGGAAACGUUUUGAAAAACACCGGAUCGGUGGCCAUGUGUCUCAUCGUGUGGAUCUCUUGCGGACUACUAUCGCUUUUGGGUGAACUGAAAUAAAUAUAAAUAAUUAUUAUAAUAUAUUUUUUUUAAAUUUGGGCACCGAUCUAAGUAUGAGUCGUAAAACUGCGAUUAAAAAUACUUAAUUCAGUUUUAAAGGCACACAUUAAAUAAUUAUUUAGAACACGAUAGUCGAUAGUGUGAUUUUUUUUCAGGAAAAAAAAACAACACUGUUUACUAUUAGAAAUUAAAUCGAUAAUUUUAAUCAGAAAACAUUUCAUGUGUCCAAAAUUUAUUGACGAUAAUUAUGUGGACAUUUUUUUUUUUUUCAAAUGUCGAUACUAUUCGUGGAUAAGCCACUGUUGUAGGUGGAUAGUUAGGAACAAAUUCUUAACGGAGUAUAAUUAGUCGUAUUUUUCUCUUUGUUACUAAAUGAUCCCAGAAUGAACUGUUGGAAAUUUCAUAGUUGUUUUAAAAAAAGUAUCACUGGACGGAAAUUCCGUAUCUAUUAAUGUACUGUGCGAAUAAAUUGGGGUAUUAUUACUAAACGAAAAAGUCUGUGUAAAAUACUCAGAAUUCAAAAUAAAUACAUAAAAAAAAAUAGUCUCACAAUAAAAUAUUAUUAUUUAUAACUUACACAGCGUUAUAAUUUUUACCGCAGGAGCAUUGUCGUACGCUGAACUUUGCGGUGUAGUCAACAAGUCCGGUGGCGAUUUUAGCUUUUUUCAGUCUGCGUUCGGUAACACCCAUAAGUUCUGGGGGCCGUUACCCGGUUUUGUGUACUCGUGGAUGACACUCAUUUAUAUCCGGCCCGCCGAAGUUGUCAUCGUUAUGCUGACGUUUGCCGAGUACUUUGUCCGGUCGAUUGGUCUGUGGCUGUCCCUGCAACCAGAUACGGAAGCAAUGCUGAAAAAAACCUUCUGCGUGUUCGCAAUCUGUACGAGCUCAGCAUUAUUACUACUGAAUUAAAGCUAUCAUUUUAUUAUUAUUCUUUUUUUUAAUAACGCUUAUUCGUAUCUAAACAUAUUUUGAAUAAAAUACGAAGUGGGACAUUAAGCUUGUAUCGUGGCAUGGGUAGACCACGAACGUACAGUUGUGAAUUCGGAAAAGUAUAUUGCUCGAUAUUAUAUAUAUGUAGUUAUACAUUGUGAUUUUUUUUAUCAUGAACCAGCAAUUAUUUCAGAGGAUUUUAAGUGAAUUUGAUUUCGGUUUUUUCUAAUAAUUAUGGAAUAGUUUAAGAUUUAUUUUAAAACCAUUUUUAAUUUUUACCCCUACUCCAUAUACUUUAAAUAAGUGCAUACUUUUGAAUUUCAAAUAGGAACACAGACUUGAAUAGCGAAAUAUUUUUCUAAAAAUGUCGGUAUUCAAAACACUAAUAUCAGAUUUACCAUUUAUGAGUUAUAACAAUUUAAAUUUUAAACCAGAAGAGUAGAGAAGGAUCAAUGGUAGGCAAUUUAUUACUCUUCUUUACUCCUCACGUCAAAACUUUAAACUUUUAUAACUCAUAAACGGUAAAUCUGAUAUUAGUGUUAUGUGUAUUCAAAUGUCUAGAAAAAUAUUCUCUAUUCAAUUAUGUGUUCAAAAAUGGGUGUUCCUGUUUGAAAUUCAAAAGUAUGCACUUAUUUAAAGUAUAUGGAGUAGAGAUAAAAAAUUAAAAAUGGUUUUAAAAUAAAAUUUAAACGAUUCGAUGAUGAUAAGAAAAAAAAAUCAAAUUCACUUAAAAUCUUCUCAGAUAAUUGCUGGUUCUUGAUAAAAAAAAAUCACUUUGUAUAUUUAGUUUGAAUACUAAAUGAAACGAUAAUCGUAUACUAAUUAUAGUAGUUUUUUCUGUGUGACCGGUGAGAGAACCUAGAAAUUAACAAGAAAUUAAGCCCUAUAUCAUAGAGAAAUUGAUAAUUGUAUAUCUAAAUAUAAUAGAUGUUAUCCAGUCAUUUUUUUUAGACAUUUUUCAUAAAAUUGUUGCAAAUGAAGAAAUGUGUUUUGAAAAAUGUACAGUUCGGCGAUAAAUGUGAAUCUUUAGGUAGGCUGUACAAAUGUUAAAGGAUUUGAUUCUAAUCAAACAUGUGGUCCAGUCGUGAAAAAUGCGUGUCGCGUCAUUUCGACGCGGUCAUUUUGACACGAGACAAUUAUGGCAUAUUUUGACACAACUACAACUCGACGUAUUUUUUUUUUUUUCGUUUAAUUAUUAUUAUUGAUUUGUUUUUCAAAAUAAAUUAUUAUUAAAUGUAAAAUAAAUUUACUUAAGAAAUGAAAAAUAUAUUUCUUAUAUACACAAUUUCGUCGUUUACGAUCAAUUAUAAAGUUGAGCAUGAUCAAUUUUCAAAUAUUAAAAUUUUGUAUAUUCUAAUAAUAUCAUAUCUGUAUAUAAUCUGUAGAAAAUGAUUAUUUAUUAUUAUUUUAAAUGUUGUUUAUUACAUAUAUACAUUUAUUUUGAAAAAUAAAUCAAUAAUAAUAAUUCAACAAAAAAAAAAAAAAAAAAAAGCGUCGAAAUGUAGUUACGUAAAAAUGUGCCAUAUCGCCCAAUUUUCGUGCGUCGAAAUGCCGUAGAUUCGAAAAAUGAUACGUUCUCAGAAAUCAAUACAAGAAAUUUCCAUUGGUCAUUUUAACAUUUUCUUUCGUGUAUCAAUACACAUAUAUAGGUACCAUCACACUGAUAAACUACAUCAGCGUCAAGUAUUUCGUCAAGAUCCAGAAUGUUGUUACAGUGAGCAAAAUUGCCGCUUGUAUAGUAAUUAUUGGCAACGGCAUAUACCAAAUGUGUUUAGGUAACCACAUUAUUUAUUCAUUUAUUAUAUUUAUCGUAUACCGUUACGCAGUGGCGUGAUUAGGAUUUUUUGUAGGGGGCGAAUGACAAGAAUUUUAGCACACAGAUCCGUGGGGGACGUAGCCCCCCACACCCCCUACCAAUAUAUACAUUUUUUUUUCUUUUAAAUUAAUCAUCAUAAAUUAAAAAAUGUAAAAAAAUAUACAAAAUUUAAUUACUUGAUUAUGUUUUAGCAUAAUAUAUAGCACAAUCAAAACCUAAAAAGAAAAAAAAUUCAUGGGGGCAGAUCUGUCCCUAGAUACGCCACUGCCGUUGCGCGAAAACCAAAAUUCAAUCAGUUUCUUUUGCUCGCAGGAAACACGAAAAUGUUGACGACCGGUUUCGAAGGUACUUCCUUGACAAUUAGCACGCUUCCCAUAGCUUUUUACAGCGGACUUUGGGCAUUUGACGGAUGGUAAUACGUGUAUAAUAUUAGUUUUCGUUUGUAUAGAGUUUUUUUCUCAAACCGACAAUUCGACUUUUACAGGGUGGCUUCUUCCAUGGCCGUCGAGGAAAUAAAAAAUCCCCAAAGGUAUAAUUUUAUAAUGUAAUACCCAAUUUUUGGAUUUUCAAUUUCGCUAUGUAGCCGUUUCGGCCGCUCUCAUUUAUGGUCCUUUUAAUUUUAUGUAAACUGCAUAAUAAAAUUGUAUCGUUACAGAAAUAUUCUCCUAAGUUACGUAUUGGCUGUACCGUUCGUUACCGUUAUUUACGUUCUGAUGAACAUAUCGUAUUUAACGGUUCUGACUAAGUCAGAAAUGAUUUCUUCCCCGGCCGUGGCAGUAGUAUAUUAAUUUUUUUUUUUUUAAACUAUUUUUCGUUUUCGAUGCGAAAAUGUACCCUUUUUACAGAAGAAUAAAAAGAACCAAUUCAUUUUUCAGGCAUUCGGGACUCACGCCCUCGGACAUUUUAGUUUCAUCAUUCCGCUUAGCGUGACCAUAUCAACUUUCGGUUCGGCGCUCGGUAUCCAAUUCGAAACUACGAGGUCGAUUUUUAUUACACAUUAUAUCAACACUUGUACAAUAAUAUUUACCGUCGUCUGUUUUGUAGGCUGUGCUUCGCCGCAAGUCGAGAAGGACAAAUGUUAGAAGUCUUCUCUUACAUAAGCGUGAAAAGGCUGACGCCUGCCCCGGCCGUCGUUUUACAGGUCAAUAUUGCGUGUUACUAGUUGUGUGCUGUUCAUACACGACGGGUUUAUAAUUGAAAUGCUUAAAAUGCCAAAGUGCAUGAUGAAUCUAUAUUUUGACCAUUUUCUUUUACAUUUGAACUCUAAUAAAUUAUUAUAAAUCUAAAAUGUUAAAACAAUAAUAUUCUUAUAUACAGGGUGUUUUGGCUCUCAUGUUUUGUUUGGCAUGCGAAAACAUUAUCAUAUUAAUCGAGUUCACCAGCUUCUUGGUAUGGAUAUUCUACGGCAUUUCCAUGGUGGCAUUGGUAGUGAUGCGUUACACCAAGAAAGACGUCAAACGUCCCUUUCGAGUGUGCAUAGUUAUUUUAUUCCAGGCGAUCGUGUUUUAUUAUCAAAACUGGGCAAUCAUUAUGAUUAUAAAGUGAUGAUGAAGUUUAUAAGUUACUUUUAUUAGUAACUUUAAACUUAAUCAUUUAGUAUACCUAAAUUCUGAAUAACUUUCUAAUUUAAUGCGUUAAAAGAAAUAGAUAACUUGCUUUUUAGUUAGUUGGGUAUUUUUUAAAAAAAAUAUAUGUUUACAUAUUUAAAUACUUAGAUGCGAUAAUAAUAUUGAUGAUCAUGCAUUUCAUAACCAUGGUUAUCAUUUAUAAUAAUGGUUCUAUCAUUAAAAUGGUAUAGAUUUGGGUAAUUCAAUUUUUGAAUUAAUAGGUUUUUAGGUUAUUGAUAAAAAAAAAGUCUAACUUGACUUCUAACUUAAGAAGUUGUGAUUUUAUUUCCACCGGAUAAUAAUUUAUAAGUUUUUAGACAUUUUGUAAAUUUUAAAAAAAAUACUUCUAAUCUGAUUUUAUUAGUUUUUUUUAAUUAUAAUAACUAACUAUUAUCUAUAAAGUUAGUAAUUUCUAUUAACAUGCUCAAUUUUGGUAAUUAUCACUAAACAAUAAUAAUUAUUAUUUCGAUCAUAGUAAUACAAUUUCUUUCGUCAAUGCAGGUGCCGAUUGUUAUUCCGAUAUUCGUCCUCGUCAUGUCUGUCUUGUUGUUCCUGACGCCCAUAGUCACACAGCCCAAACCACAGUUCCUCAUCGCGCUGGCAUUUGUUUUGAUAGCCGUCGUGAUUUACAUCCCGUGUAUAUAUCAAAAGAGACGAUUAUCGAUAGUCGGUAUGUAUAUAAUAUAAUAAAAAGAGGUGAUACCGGUUUAGAACGCUUAUUGGUGUCGAUAAAUUGUUGUAAAUUCUCCCUGUCACAAAUUCUGAAUGGACUUCGAUUGUACAUAUGUUUUGAUUUUUAUGAUUUUCGUCAAAGUAUGAAAACUCUAAAUGCGCAACAAAAAAUAUUAUUACAUAACACGUAUCAUAAAACAUGUUUAAUAGACCUUUAAACAGAAUCGUUUUUCGUUAGCAAUGAUUUAUCGUUGCGUACAGAUAAAUUAUUAACAAAUACCUAUUUAAAUGUAUCUUGCCUAUACAAUUUUUCACCUACAACAAUUUUGCACACUUGUCAUCAGUCUAUCAACUCUAUAUUUAUUUUGCAUUGUGUGUCCGCAGAUAAAUUUACCGAAACGAUAAAAAAAUGCAUGGGAGUCGUGCCACCAGAAAAAGACGAUCCACAUUUGCCGGCUACGGAAGAUUACUGUGAAAAGCAACCGAAACCGUAAUAAUUUUACUAUGGACUCACUCAAUCGAUGAAAAGUUCCGAAACAUUUCGAUAAAAUCUCCAUACCUGUCACCAUAAUCAUUAUUGUAAUAUGUUUUAUUAUAUUGGUUAUAAACACCAAUAUUAUUGUUUUCCUAAUUUAAAAUAAAAAUUUUUAUCUUCGUGUUUACAAG